CUGUCCGUACCGCGUACCGUGUGUGUCUAAGUCACUCUCUCCACUGGUUAGCUUCAAUUUGCACAACUGGAUUGCUGACCGACGUUCAGCAUGAUGGCCGCCGAGGUCUCAGCAGACCUCAACAUCAUAAACGACGAAGAUGUGCUGCGCAGGAUGUGGCAGCAAACAGACGACUUCGGUCGUAAGAAGGAGAUCCGGCAGCGCAUGUAUAAGCUGCGAGAGCAGCGGCUGCGGGACUUCUACACUGGAGACAUCUCUGACAUGACCAGCAGGAAGCACACUUCCAACACCUACACAGACAGCAUCGCAGACCAGGGUUUCAUGUCUCUCAAGAGCAAAGAGAUCAGGGAUUCAGAGUCCCCAACCAGAGACAUUCAUAGACAUCAAGGAGAUAACACCUACUGGAACACGGUGCAGCAGUCUUCUUAUAAUGAUGAUGGAGGUAUUAAAUCAUAUGAAAGAUCCUCAACAGGGACUGGUCAGAGUGCUGAUGGUGCAACAAAACUCAGAGUAGAUUCUGAUGAACGAGGAUGUGCUACUUCCAAUGUUUCUGAGACUGACAAUGCUAAAACAAUUACUGAUCAGCAGCAGCAUGAUGCCCAGAUAUCUGCAGCAUCACACACAAAAACAGAUUCUGGUGAGGCAUUCUCUUACUCUACUUCUAAGGAGCAUCAAGAAAGUUCUUCUUCUGUAACAGAGGAUAAAGGUUCUAUAUCUAAGUCUGAUAGAUGGGAGACUUCCAGUGUGUCAAGCUCUUCUAGUCGUAAAGUAAUUUCUUCAUCGAAUUAUAAACAAAUAUCUUCUGUUGUUGAUUCAAAAGCUUUGACGUCUGGUGAUGACUUUUCAAAAUAUUUUAAUCCAGAUGAUGACGUUACCACGUUCACAAUACGAAGGAUCAAGUCAAAUGGAGAUGACAAUAAGAACUAUCGUACAAAUGAGAAAAGACAUUUUGACAGCAGGUCAGAUUCAAAAACUUUUAUAGAUUCAGAAACAAGAAACAAUAUCAAAAAUAAUCUUCAAGAUAUUAGAGUCAAUAUAGUUGAAGAGCAUUUUACUGACCAAGAUUCCCGAAGAGACAGUACUUCGACAUAUGCCAGUGAAGUGGGUACAAACGUUGAUGAUUAUAUUUCUCAAAAGGAUAUCUCAUCCUCAAAACAAGUUAACGUUGAAAAGACAGACACUGAGAGAAGCAACAACGCAGUGGACCAAAAUAUCAUGACUGAGAUUAAUAAACUUGAUUCUUUUCUAUCAACCCAAAACACUGGUACUAAUACGCCAGCAAGUCCUCGCAGUGUGAUGGGUGAAGUCAACUGGACCGUUGUGUCUAACAAUGAUGGAGAUUGUAUAUAUAAAGAUGGUGAUGAAAUCGGAUCAUCUAGUUCAAGAGCAACACCAGUGAAACAGCCUGAUAACCUUGAUCUACCCAAGGAAUGCACUGAAGGCCAAUAUAUGACCACUUACAAUGAGCAUUACACAAGUAAAAGAAUAAGUGUUGAUGUUAGUCCAACACACGACAAGUUUGCAAGGUCACUAAGACAAACCCCUCCAGGAACUCCUCGCUCCCUUUCACGGCAGUCUCUUGACAGAAGUAGCCCGGAAAGGAAGAGUAAAAAAUCUCCCCGAUCAAGUCCUGAUAAAGAGCGUAGAACCAGUACUGGAAGCUAUACAAUUGAGCGACCAAGUAAUGCCCGUCGCAAGUCCUCAGAAGUAACAAGACAAACUGCUACAUCUCGAGACUCAACAUUGAAAACAAAAAGGAAGUUUUCGACAACACAGAACAAAGCAGCAACAAAAGUAAGAACAUCAACACCUGGAACAUCACCUUCAACAAGCCCAUCAAGAAAGCAAAGGGAGCGAUCUGUUUCUACUUCUUCUGCUUGUGAUUCAGAUGCCUCGCAAGUUGCAAAUGAGAAGAAAACAACAACAAAUAUCCAUAAAAGAGCCGAUGUGGUACGAAGAAACCUCAUGAACGAAUUUGACAAAGAAUCAAAUGCAACAAAAGUAGAAAUUACUCAAACAAUAAAAAAUUCAUCCUCUCAACCUUUGAGUCCUGAGAAGUCUCCUUUGAAACAGGCUCCAAAUACUACCAGUACAAAUACUACUGGAAUAUUAAGAAAAGAGUCUGUAACUAGUUCAAAGACAAGUAUUAAAAGUACAUCAGAGCAAAAACUACUAUCCGGAAUCACUCCUCAUAUGCGUGAAACUUCUCCAGAGUAUAGCUCUGAGGGGUCAGUUGGAAAGGAGAUUAAAAAUAGUCAGAGGCAAGCUAGUCCAGAUUCUAGUCCUGAACGGACAGCUUUUACACCAAUAAAGCAAUUCCGAACAAGCCCAGAACAGUCAUCACAAACCAUUCAAGUAACUGCCACUGAAACAGAUAGAGUGACAGAUUUUAUCAAACAAGAACAAAAGGAUACACAAAUACAAAUCAUCAACAUAGAUGUCAUCAAAUCAGAAAACCUACCAGAGGAGCCGAAAACAGAAGUCAAUCCAUCUAAAAAACAAUCAAAACCCGAAAAAGAGUCACCUUCCUCGCCUGUUGAAGGAAGAAAUGUGGCAAGACAGAACUCUUAUACAAGAAAAGAUUCUACAUUCAGAGGUAAAUCCCCAGUGAAAGAAGAUACAUCUCGACCUCAAUCGCCUACUAAGACUCAAACCUCUAGAAAAACAUCUAUUUCUGGAAGAUCACCAUCACCUCAAAAGGAUCAACAGAGACCAGUCUCACCAACAAAGGGAUUCACUAAUAAAAAAACAUCUGUUGUGACCAGAACUCCAUCACCUUCAGAUAAAUCUAGAUCUCCGUCACCAGCAAAGAAAGAUUCUGUUACUAUUACCACUUCUACUUUUACAACUUCUAGGAAAUCUUCUCUUAAAAAGGAGUCGUCUUUUAAAAACACUUCAUCUACUCAGAAGGUGGAUAAACAGAUUACACAGGCCUCAGAAAAAAAUUCAAAAACAUCUAGGUCUCCUUCACCAAAAAAAGAAUCACCCGAAAGAAGCUUGAUGAAUUCAACAAGAUCACCUUCACCUGAUAAAUCAUCAUCAAGAGGAUCUACAUCUUCCCCUAAAUCAAAAUCACCAUUGCCUCAAAGAGCUUUAAACAAGCGAAGUCAUACUUUACUGUCAUCACCAAGUGUUUCUCCUUGUUCAAGCCCUGAAAGAUCUACAGAGACAAAUAAAAUUAAGUCUAAAAUUAUUUGUAAAAUAAGUGGUAAAAAAUCGCCAGAAAGAGAUACACUUCGUAGCACAAGAAGAUCAAGUAUUCCAAGAUCUGAACAAUCAACCGUCAUUCGAAAAAAGGUUGAAACAAAUGUAGAAAUCAGAUCCAAACCAAUGGUCAAAACACAAUCAUUAAUAAACAAGCCUAAAUCAAGUAACUCGUUGAAAAUGCCAAGAACUGAUUCUCAGAACAGCAUGGACAGGAUAGUCACCUCAAAAACUUAUUCAUCCUCAGUUAAGAAAUCGUUUGAAAAGCCUACAGAGCCAAUAAAGAAAACCAUCCCCUCAAAAAAAACUGUGACAACAACUGCUGUUAUAUCUUUGCAAAAACCCACAGUUACUUCCCAGGUACGGAAUAAUACAACUAGCACUGUGACUAGAUUGUCUACUUACAAACGAACAUCUUCGAAAGAAAAUAUGCCGAAAAAGAGCGAAAGCUCCAUUAACAAAAAGCCUAUAGUAACCGCAACAACAAAACGUAUUGCAAGUAGAACUAACACUCCUAAAUCAAAUAUAGUUAACCAUCGUGACGAAAUUGAUCAAUCAUAUACUGUAAAAAGCUCUACUAACAAAGUAGCUUCGCAGGCAUUUAUUGAUCAGCUGAAAAAAGAUGAAAACGAAUUUCAUGGGUUUAAAGAUGAAACCUUAACCUUAGAAAUAGCUGACUUAGAAGAUGAAACUCACCCAGAACUGUACCCUGAGACAGAGGAGGAAGAAGAAGAAAACACCAGUGACAUUCACCAUAAAACUGAAAAAACAAUUCAUGUGGAUUCGAAGAUUAAAAACAAUUCGCAGAUUGUGGUUACCUUAAAGAAACCUACUCAAUCUACUAUGUCUAAACCGUCCACAAGAAUAGUAACUACAAGAUCUUCUUCAGGUCCCAUUAAAGGCUCUCCUCAGACCUCUGUUAAAAAUACAACAAAGGUAACAACUACCAGAAGACAAGUAAACAAUUCUGUACAAAAAUCUGAUAGCCUUAGUAUGAUAAGAACACAUAGUGAUAAAAAUAUAUCUAAGAAUUCAUCACCUCAAAAAAGACAAACUUCAAAGCCCGAGAUGUUGGCUGGAAACAACCUUCAUCAGGUUACUAAAGCAGGGGCAGCCAAACAAGUCACUGAAACAGGAAUAGCCAGUCAAAACGUAACAACUGCUAAAUCAGCAACAAUCAAACGUAUCACUCCAAACAAAAAAAUACCUUCAGACACCCAGCAGCCUUUGUUAGCAUCGUCAGAUGAAGAAGUACAGAACAUUCCAUCCCUUGUGACUCCCAAUCAUCAAGAACAGAAAUUUAUAGAAGAACUUGAGGAAAUGCGACAAAAUGAGGAACUUGAGUACGCCUCCAAACUCACAGCCACAACAAAUCAAGAAAACCAACUUCUUUCUGUAAUAAUUCAACACCCUAAAUCCUCACGAGAGUCAAGUCCUGACAUUUCAAACAGGUCACAGCCUUUCUGCACUGUUAGUGAUGAUGGUGGUGCAAAUCCAAGAUAUGCUGAUGUAAUAAGUGAGCCAGAGGACGUUGAGGUAUUUAAUCCCAAGGAUGGACCUGCUCAUGAAAGCUACAGAAAGCCUCGUUUCGAACAAGUGACAGAUCUUGAUGAGGAUUCUGAAGUUGAUGAAGUCAGAUUGAAUGUAAGUGUGGCUGAUAGAGUUUCACAUUUCAUUGAGACAAGCAAAAACCAUGCUGCUACUCCAAUACGAGAGGAGCAUGAUUCUGUAAAUGAUAGAUCUAAGAAUGUCCUCAAAGCCGCUGCUAUGUUUGAUACAAUUGUCAAAAACCAAACUGCUCCACCAGCCCCAAGUAAUAAGGCUCCUGACAUUUUAAGUAGACCAUCAGUGUUUGAAGCAAGGAGAGGACAGACAACUCCAAAAACAGUACUACCGGUAUCUGAUUCUUUUCCCAACGAGGAACCUCAUGAUCAAGUAGACAAAGAAGAAUCCAUUGGAACAAGCAAGCAUGAAGAAAGUAUUAGUAUUUAUGAAAUCAGGAAAAAUGAGGUAAAACAAGUAAGUGAUGAUAUUGUCCAUUUAAAUGAGUCUCUCAGCCCACAGGCCACGGUAACUCCUACAAAGGCUAAAAAGGAUACAUUAAAUUUUGACAAAACUCCUCCUGUACAAGAUGAAACUAUAAAUAGUGGAGAUAAUUUAAAAACUCCCAAAACGGAUCCUACAUCAAGAACAGUAAAACAUAUUUCAACUUCUUCUUUUGAUAAAAAGAAGCCGGAUUUGUCAAAUAAACAAAGGCCUUUUGAGAAAACCAUCUCUGCUUCUGCCGAAAUUUCAUCUAAAAGAGCAUUCUUUGAAAGAAAAUCCCAAGCUGACACUCCUACUAAGCAAUCAAAGCAACAAUUUAUAGUCAAAGAAAGGAAACCACUGACAGAAAGUGUACAAAAUAAAGAAAAUAUAAGAGGGCCUUCCCCACCAAGAAAACAAUCACUGACAACAACAUCAUUUAUUGAAAAUGAAAGAAAAUCCUCUAGAACCUCUCCUGAAAGGAAAUCCUCUAGAACCUCUCCUGAAAGGAAAAUAUCUAGAACUUCUCCUGAAAGAAAAACAUCUAGAACUUCUCCUGAGAGGAAAACCUCACAAACAUCACCUGAAAGGAGAACAUCCAGAACAUCACCAGAUAGGCGAUCCUCUACACCAGCUCCAGCCAAGGAGAGAAAAUAUUCAAUAAAAUCAGAGUCACCAGAAAGAAAAAUGUCAUUUACUAAAAGUGUCAAGGAAAGAAGAAGUUCAUUCACAAAAGAGGAUAUCACAACUUCACAAACUUCAUCAUUCCAUAAAAAAGAGUCUAAGACAAAAUCUCAGGUUGAAAGACAAAUCUCUCCUUCACCAGAGAGAAGAGCACCGAUCACUUUAAGGAAUUUCCCCGAUCAUAUUACAAAAACACUCGAUAUCUCUGAACAACAAUCACCAGUUUCAUCACCAGUGAAGGAUAGAAAACCCUCUCUAACUCGAGAAUCGCCAGAGAGAGCUCCAGUAAGAAAAUCAUCAAGAACAUCUCCUGAGAGGUCUCAAAAAUCACCUGAUAGAAGUUCGCCUCCUCGGAAAACAGAAUCUGAAACAAUUGAAUUAAAUAAAGCUGGUAAAUUUGGAGUAAGUCUUCGCCGCACAUCCUCAACCACUUCAGCUGGUGUCCCGAGAAAAACCAGCACUCCUGGGGAAACUCAAGAAAUUGAGGAUAUCACUGACCUGUCACUGCUGGAAAUUAUGAUGGAAAAAGCAGUGGGAUAUGAGCAGCGAAGACGAAUCCGGGCUCAAAUAAGAAUUGUUAAGAAAAUACAGGAGGAUCGAACUAGUCAUUUUAAAGCAACCAGGCAGAAGUCCCCUACAAGAUCUCCUGCAAAGCCUACUCAUGAAACAACAGAGUCUAGGAAGCCAGAGCGGAGAUCUUCAAGUCCUACCAAGAGCUACCAGGAGAGAGUGACUGUAGAGCAAAAAACAACUGUCAGAAAACCCUCCAAACAAUCAGAGCCCCAGCCUAGGAGUCCUGAGCCUGAACAACCCCUCAGGUCAGGGUCUCCUGGGAGGUCGUCCCCUAUGAGGAAGGAGUCUGUGCCGGAGAAGGACACUGUCCAAGGACUGAGGAAAACCUCCAAGACUGAGGUGGAAGUCUCAACUUCUGUGAGAUCCCAGAAACGUGUGGAGACACUGGUCGAGUCUGGAGUUGACUGCAUCACCUCCAGUUAUGGUGUCGGACCCACAGAUGAGAACGGACGUCCACUGUUCGGCUUGAGAGCUCUGAGACGUACCAACACUAACAAACAACUCACAGAUGACUUAGACUCUGGGAUCAAGGUUGUGGAGGAGGUGAGGACUGAGCGGACCAAGGAGGUGGUGAAGGACACUAACGGACGUCCUUUGUUUGGUGGGUUGAGAGCUCUGCGUGCCAGGGAUACAGACUCUGAGUCAGACAUGCCAGAGCAGACGACAGCCACACAGCUGAGAGAGCUUGUCCAGCGUCAUGAGAAAGUCGUCAAAGAAACAAAUGGCCCUCAAGAUCAACCUCGUCAGAAGCCUCGGGCUAAGUUGAGGGACAGCUUCAUCCUUACAGAUGACGAGGGGAAAGAUCAGCAAUCCGAGGGUCACCUCUCCGAGGUCAACAAUCUCAACCGAGGACUCAGCCUCAAAUCCAUCAUACAAAAACAUGAAAACAUCGCCACCACUGGAGGGGUUCUCCGUAGUGAGGUUGAGAGUAGCCAUACAGUUGUGUCGUCCAGAACGGCCGUAGCUAGCGAUGGCACAGUGUCGCACAGUCGGGAUGUCAUUCAAGGUGAAAUAUCUGCUAAGAACGGAGAAGAGCCUGUGGGGAAGGUCACAAGGUCACAGUACACAUACAAGAGCCCUAGAGGAGAUGACGAGGGAGUCAACAAACUGACCACCACCACCACGACCCUGGGGGGCCGGCGGACUUCUGGCCCAAGAAUCACAGAGGUAGAAGAAGACGGAAAAACUACCAAGAGAGCCUCAGUCACUGAGGAGACCGCCGGAACAAAAAUCAGAAAAAGUUCAUUAAAGAAAGUACAGAGUGAGGACAAAAGUGAAAGAAGGUUUUCCAGCCAGGAAGAUGAUGUUACCAAAACUACAGUUUCCAAAGUUUCUUCUACUGCACAAAAAUUUACAACAGACGACACAAAAUCAAAAUCUUCUUCAUCCACGAGGUCGAGUGAUACAAUGACAAAAACUUCUUCGCCAACUCUGAGAAGACAAAAGUCAAGUGAGGAAGAGUCGGUGGAAGAGAAAAAAAAAACGAUAGUUCGAGGUGACUCUGUCCGUGCCCUUCAGCAUAAGUUCCAACAAGCUACAGAGAACUCAGCUAACAGUGUGAGCAGUGCGCGCAACACUUCGGCACGUGCAGGUCUUAUCCUGCGCACCUCUUCAUUCACCUCCUCUGCGCAACCGCAAGGCUCUCAGGAACCAGUGUCGUCGACACUAAAGCAGUCGACCACUUUGUCAGCUGAGAGGAGGAAUGGCAGGCAAUCGCCAGAAAAACAACGCGAGUCUCCAACCAGUGAUGUCACUACUCUAAGAAGAGAAUCUCCCUCAAAGAGCAGUGAUAGCAACACGAGGAGGGAAUCUCUCUCCAGAUCAUCUACAGAAGAAAGGAGAGAGUCACUUACUACAACAAGAGUUAAGGAAACUUCUUCAUUCCUGGAUAACACAACUAAAGUUACUGGAGUCCAGGAUAUUCUGACACGAAUGAGGAAUGCUGACCUAGUGAGUGAGAGCGGAGACACAGAUGCUGAUCGUGAGGCCAGAGCUCUCCUCAACAAGUUCCUCGGAGCCUCUGUCAUCCUGCAGGGGUUGGAGCAGGGAGUCAGGGGUGUCAACCUCUCUGACACAACCCCCGGCAGCGCAGCACUCGUCAGCAGCGUCGAGAAGCAGCGAGUGGCAACUACAAGGCAGAAAGAAGAGGACAUUGAAAAUAUUUGGGACGAACAGGUUCUCAAAAAUCUGCUGGAGCAGUGUACCGACUACGACGGAAGACGCAAGUUGAGGGCUCGUUUGCGAACUGUCAUGGCAGAACAUAAAGCUUGUGCAGACCUGGUGGCACUAACUGGGAACAAUAUUGCUAACAGUGAAUCUUCAGAAUCCAGACAAGUGACGACUAGAACUGAAGGCAACUCCUUCACAAGGACUGAAGUUCAUACCCGGACAUCAACAAAUCGACUGACUAAAGCCAGCAGCGUCUCUUCUCCAUUUGCGAAGUUUAAACAGCUUGAGCGCCAGAACUCUGCUCCAAGCGUGGGCGCGGCUCCGUUGUUUAGAGUGACAGACCCGCGAGUGGCGCGCUCUGCAUCCUCCAUCAAGGAUCGUCUGCUCUCCUGGGUUCAAGCUCAGACUCGUGAAUACAAGAACAUACAAAUAGAAAACUUCUCUACCAGCUGGAACAAUGGCCUCGCGUUUUGUGCUCUCAUCCAUCAUUUCUGUCCCAACGCCUUUGAUUAUGACCAACUCACCCCAGAAAAACGCAGACACAACUUUGAACUGGCCUUUCGAGUUGCUGAGGAGGAGGCUGACAUCGCUCCAUUGCUAGAUGUAGAAGACAUGGUUGUGAUGCGGCGGCCGGACUGGAAAUGUGUCUUCACCUACGUACAGUCUGUGUAUCGCCGCUUCCAUUCCACACCCGAGGCUGUACGAUGCUAAAUCCUUCUCCUCAUUUGCUCUCUUGUCUACUUUUUAUCUUUUAAAUCUAUUUCUAAAUGUUGUUAUCUUACGCUGUUGUUUACCUGAUCAGAUUAGUUUAUUUGUUGGUGUUCCUGUGAUACAAGUUACCAUUGCACAAGAUCCCGGUGUAGAUAUGUAUAAAGUAUUAUAAAAUUAUCAAAUUGUUUAGCUUGCAAAAGCUGUUAAAUAUAAAAAGUAGGCAAGAUUCCCCAGGUCCUAAAUAGAAUAUUUAUUUUUUCACGGAUAAAGACAGAUGCCAGUAUUUUUGUACUUUUCAUAUUUUUUUACCGAUAUUUCCACAUCACAUAGAACUCUAGUCGUGAGAGAGUCAGUAUUUUAGAGUUCCUAAACCAAAUAAAUGCUCUCUAUAUAGUAAAUAAAAACUAUAUAGUUUUUAACUUGAGUAGAAAUAAUCAGUUGUGAUGGAUGAUUUGACUAUUUUAUUUUGAUAUACGGUACUAUAAAACUAACAACAUUAAUGACCGAGUACAUUGUUCCAGUUUAACGUUUCCAGUCGCUUGUAAUAAUUUGAUAACCCUUAGUGUAUAGUUAGGCUUACGACUCAUCUAUCCUAUCUAAAAUUAUCAUACUGUAUUUGUUAUUUUUCUAACUAUGUAAUUUAUUCAUUUUUCUAUUGAUAGUUUAUCUUUUGAUACGCAUUGUGGGUUGUGCUAUCUCAUGCUUACAUUGUUGCUGUUAAUGGAAAUUUUUAAAUAUUAAAGUUUAUGUGAAGUUGA